GUCAUCUUUCUCCUUUGACCAUCCUCGCAACAGCAGAGUCAGUCUCAACAGCUUUCCUUCAGCACCCCUUCCACCCUAUUCUCCCGCUCUACAUCCCUGAAACCCUUACCAGCUAGCGUCAGCGACAAUGGUCAGUGCAGAGAGAUGAAGAGGGUAAAUACAUCACGUUUCAUUGCAAUUUCGGCUAUGCCAUCGAAAAAUUACGGGGGCUGAGAACUUCGAGGAAAAUAAUCUAGGGACUGAAGACGGUUAAUGAGUAAUCACACAUUCUUAUCACCUAACGCACAAGUUGAUCAGAGCGGUCCAGCUGUCUUGACAUAACCUAUUUAAUGUAUUUCCAUUAUGACUGCACAUUUACUGUAGGCUAUGUCGCAGCGGGAGGAUAUUUGAAAAGGGCAGAGGGAGGUAGGUUGCUAAGAGAGAGAGAUAGAGACUUGGCAGCACAUUAUUAUAAUGAUGGUGAGUGACUGAUCCACACUUGACGCUGGCGACUUAAUUUGGAACUCAAGCAAGGGCGAUUUUGUCGUUUCGUCUGCUUCUGGAGGGCAUCGGGACGAACCUGCAAAUUGCCUGAACAACGCUAUGAGAGGCGCACAAAAGAAAGCCUGGGAGAAAAAGACGACUGGUGUAAAGGCGACUGUCAGAGACUGACGCUUCCGCAUAGUACCAAACCACAGGUGUGACUGGAGAGACAUUUCAGCCACUCUGAUCAACACAGAGAGGGAGCUGUCUCUACUGAUGUCAGAACAAGACGACCUAAAAUAAACUUUCACAAAAGUUUCAAGAACGCUACCCUCAUACAAGCAAGGCUGAAGAUAUCAAGUCUUUGAAGUAGACUGAGUAUCAUGUCUUGUGAUUGGCCUCAGUUUGUUUUUAGAAUAUCAAGUCCAAUGGUUGACACGGCCAGGGUUUAAUGCUCCCAAUGCUGUUAAUUCAAGAACACAUUUCUGUCUUCGUAGAAGAUUAAAGUACUUGGUGGGAUUCAUUUUUGGUAAAGGAACUGAGGUAUAGAAUGGGGCAACAGGAUCUUACCCGAGGCUAAACCCUGAUAUAGCAACCCACUUCUUCUCUUUUUAGAUCAGUCAAAAAUAUCCAGUCUCCUAAAUAUAUUCCAGCCCAUUCCGCCCAGCUUUGAGAGGGAAAUGGACAAGAUAAUUGUGGACUCAGCUGAGAAUGUGGAGUCUCAGUUCCGAUCUGGAUAUGGCUUUGAGAUCAGACAUUCCGGGAAUCAACGCGAGGGCUCUACUGGGAUAGAGCAUACCCUGGUACUCACACAGCCAGCAGCAUUUACUCAGUGAUUUUUUUAAUGGGAAAAUUCAAGUCCACACCAAGGCCUAAGGCAAGUGUACAGUAGGGCUGCCUGCAAGCGUGGUGGUCUGAAUCCUCGAGGUGAACUGUUCUUUUCAUCCACUGCACCAGGACCCACACGCUCCAGGACCCACACCAUCCAGAACCCACAAGCGUGGUGGUCUGAAUCCUCGAGGUGAACUGUUCUUUUCAUCCACUGCACCAGGACCCACAUGCUCCAGGACCCACACGCUCCAGGACCCACACACUCCAGAACCCACACGCUGCAGGACCCACACGCCCCAGGACCUACACUUUCCAGGACCCACACACUGCAGGACCCACACGCUGCAGGACCCACACGCUCCAGGACCCACACACUCCAGAACCCACACGCUCCAGGACCCACACGCUGCAGGACCCACACGCUCCAGGACCCACACGCUCCAGGACCCACACGCUCCAGGACCCACACGCUGCAGGACCCACACGCUGCAGGACCCACACGCUGCAGGACCCACACGCUCCAGAGGAGACAGACUCACAACUCCAGAGGAGACAGACUCACAACUCCAGAGGAGACAGACUCACAACUCCAGAGGAGACAGACUCACAACUCCAGAAGAGACAGACUUACAGCUUCCGAUCUGUAUCUUUUACAACACAAGUCUAUCUAGGGCUGAAGGAGCCGGCCUGGUUUGAGUUUAUCCUUAGGAUUCAAGGAUCCAGGAAGUUGAGAUCGAGAGGAAAGGACGUUCGUCAUCAGCACCAUGGCGUCUGAGGGAGUGGUCGAGCUGCGUGAUUGGCUGUUCCUGCUCAUGCUCUGCCUGACUCUGUUGGCCGAGGUGCUGGAGAUUGCUGCAGCCACAGGGUACGAUGAGGAGGGAGACCCAGUGUGCCCCUCUGUCUGCCGAUGUGACGAGGACUUCAUCUACUGCAACGACCGUGGCCUGAGCUCUAUCCCCCCUCUGCCCCCCUCUGCCACUGUGCUCUACCUUCAGAACAACCACAUAGACAACGCCGGGCUCCCCACCUCCCUAGAGCGUCAACUCACCAUCCGAGUGGUCUACCUGUACGAUAACGAGCUGGAUGACUUCCCCAUGCACCUGCCCCCUUCCCUCCGGGAGCUGCACCUGCAGGACAACAACAUCCGUACGCUUCCCCGCUCCACCCUGGCCCGCAUGCCUCUACUGGAGAAGCUGCACCUGGACGACAACUCUGUCUCCACCGUCAGCAUCGAGGACCAGGCCUUCGUUGACAACCCACGGCUGCGCCUGCUUUUCCUGUCACGUAACCACCUGUCCAGCAUCCCCUCUGGGCUCCCGGCCUCUCUGGAGGAACUGAGGCUGGACGACAACCGUAUCUCCACCAUCCCCACCCACGCCUUCCGUGGCCUCUCCUCCCUGCGACGCCUCGUUCUGGACGGGAAUCUCCUGGCCAACCAGCGCAUCGCAGACGACACCUUCUCCCGCCUCUCCAACCUGACAGAGCUUUCAUUGGUGCGUAACUCCCUCCUGACCCCGCCACUCAACCUGCCCAGUACCCACCUGCAGCGUCUCUCUCUGCAGGACAACGCUCUGAUCCACAUUCCCCGUGGCUCCCUGGAUGGCAUGAGGAGGCUCCAAAGACUGGACCUAUCUGGCAACAACCUGACCACCCUGCCUCGGGGCCUGUUCAAAGACCUGGACAACCUGGGACAACUGCUGGUGCGGGGGAAUCCCUGGCACUGUGGCUGUAACCUGCGCUGGUUACAUGACUGGCUUCAUGCUAGGGGUAACUCCAUCACGGUGAGGGGCCUCACCUGCCAGGGGCCUGACAAGGUUCGAGACAUGGCCCUUAGGGACCUGACCAGUCAGAUGGAGGAGUGUGAAGUCCCAGGCAUAGUGGCUGUCGGGGCUGGGGUCGGGGCCACAGGAAGUGAGACCAGAGACAGAGGGGGUGGAGCAGAAGUAGGAGGGGUUGCUGCUAGCUCCACCACCCUCGCCCCUCCACAGGGCUCCCUCUUCACCCUGCGCUCCAAGCGGCCCGGCCUGGGGCUACCAGACUCAGGUCUAGACUACACACUGGGCAGCAGUGGAGUAGGUAAGAGCCUGGCCCUGAAUGUCAAGCCCUUGGCCCCCGACAGCAUCCGUGUCACCUGGAGCGUGGCCCAGCCCACCUCCUCCUUCAGACUCAGUUGGCUGCGGCUGGGAACCAGCGCUGCCAUGGGCUCCAUCACAGAGACCCUGGUGAGAGGAGACCGUAGAGAGUACCUGCUCACUUCCCUGCACCCCCACUCCAGCUACAUCAUCUGCAUGGUGCCCCUGGCGGCCAGCUCCGGGGGUAAAGGAGUCAUGGCAGGUGGAAACACUGACUCAGAUGAAGCUCCAGUGUGCGCUAAAGCUGAGACGUCAGACCCCAGUCAGCCAGAUGUGGGCCAGGAGGACAACCAGAACCCUGAACACAUGGCUACUCUGCCUCUGGCUGGGAUCAUUGGAGGAGCUACGGCCAUCGUCUCUCUGGCGCUCAUAGUUGCCGUCUUUUGCUGGUACAGGCAUCGGGCCGGACGCCUGUCUUCUCGUGAUCAAUACAGCCGUGGCAGCUCCAGAAAGAGCAAGCACUACGAUGACUACAUUGAGUCAGGCACAAAGAAGGACACCACCAUCCUGGAGAUCCGAGGCCCAGGGUUCCAGAUGACACCCAUGGUUACCCACCAGCCGCUGCAACCCAUGCCCCUCCGGGAGGAUUACAUCAUCCACACUAUAUUCCCCUCCAAUGGCACCGGUCUCUACAAAGGUGCCCACCAAGUGUCCAAUGCAGGGUAUGGCACCAACCGUGGCUAUAGAGAAGGAGGGAUCCCAGAUAUAGACUACUGUUACACGUGAUAGUCCUGGCCAGUUCCACACUGUUCUAGGUGUACUGUAUAGAUGCACAGUUUUUUUUGUCCGCAUGGGUUCUUCUGAAGCACCCCCUUUUGUGCCUUCCUCUUCUAGUCUCCCAUUCCAGCUAAGCCUGCUGUUUACUGCACUGACACUAUUUGAUGAAUUGGUUGGGAUGCCUGCAGGAAACCGCUCCUGGUACACAGCAGCAGGGACUAACGAACGUCCCAUUACAGGUGUAGAUACGGACUGCUUCUUCACACCGUUAGUAACGGUCAGUGUACUUGUUCAUCACUGCUCCCUCUCUCAGUGAGACAUAGUCAAAUAAUGUGCUGUGUUGAAACGGCAAGAUAUUUUCACAUACAGUACAGUUCCAUUUCAGGGCAUAUGUGUGGAACGUCACACUAACAAAGCUGUAAGGUUAAAAAGUCCAGAAAGGGUCAGAGAGACAGACUGAUAUGCAUCCCUUGCCCACUGGCCAUAUUUUGCCCUCUUGGCUCAUCCGUUUAAAUGCCUCAACUGUCCUGAUGUGCCCAUUUUGUCCUAUCAGUUACCUGAAGACAGGGCUCUUUAAAGCUGUGAAUGGUUAUUUUUCAAACGGCCCACAUAACCGCUUGUCUUAAAGCAGACUAGUUGUAGUCUGAUCCAGUGGUUCCACAGGGUGAGGGUAUUGUCGGGGCCCAGGGGUGGCUGUCCCUGAAGAUAUCCUUGAUGACUCUGGCUAAAUUCUAUAACGGAACAAUGCAUUGAAUUCAAUGCAGCCCAGGCUUGUAGAUACUUUACUUAGAUAGACAUCCACUAAUCAAAGCUGGUGCUUUGACCAGUCCCUCAUUGCUACCCUUAUUUAUUGGUUUUGUUUCCGGUGCGGUUUUUUGGAGCUGGGCCUUGACAUUUUUGAUGGGGAAAUUACUCUAAUUUCACCCUUGAUGGGGAUGAUGGAUUUGUUGUAGGUCAUUUUUGAGCAAGAAGAAGAUUUUAAAAAAUAAAUAAAAAACUCUGAAGAUUAGAAUUCUCUUGACUGCACCAGCGUGAAUGUUUAUGUUAUGUACACCUCUUCAAUGAAAACUAUCUGAAGCAAAAGAGACAUUAUCAGUUUACAAGACUUGGUUAAUAACAGAGUACCCUGCCAAGACUGACAAAUCACUACUUUGAGACUUAAGAGUCAACCCUCCAUUUCUCCCUCUGUGUAGUUAUCAAGUUACCUUAGAAGGUGGUGGUGUUCUGGUGAGAAGGGGGUCCUCUGCUUGGUACUAGAUGGCUUUGUAGUUGUUCACUAGUGGGCCGAUUCCCAACAGGACAGAGGACUUCUGUGGAGCAUCCUGUGGACAGACACAGCAGUCUUGUAAGUGUGAACCAGAAAAUUAGUAUGUAAACAGCUAGAGGAUAUCAGGUAGAUUAUCAAACCGUAACACUGUGGACCUGCACUGUGGGAGGGAGUGAGUAGGUCGAGGAUCCGAGGAGGUGGGGUGAGGCGACAGUGGGUGAGUUCUAUUUUCCUUUGUGUGGGCACUGAUGAUAAUCCUCUGCUCAGCUGGGUUGGGCUCAAUUCGAAUAGCUUUUCAGUUUUUUGAGAAGUCAUUGAAAAUAAAUGCCCUUAUUUAGAUUAUUUGAUUGUAAUUUUAGUUUACUUCUUGAAUUGACUGCCUUCAUUUCGAAUUGAGCCCAACCCUGCUACUCAGUCCACUUCCCCUACACCCAGCAGCACUACAAAUGUAAAUGAAUCAGCACUUACAGCUACAUAACAGGCAGUGAAUGAGGGGAUAAUGACAGACAGGGAGACCUAGAGAGACACAGAGGAAAAGAGAGCGACAGAUUCAAAUGCAGAAGACAGAAAUGAUGGCUCUGGAACGACGGAGUUAACCCAUGCAUAAACCUGUUUGUCAUAGCCUGCUACUCCACAUUGCUUAAAUAUUCUCCAUUGCUUGUUUAUCACUUUGCUGUUUCCAUGGUGGAAACCAAUCGUGAUUCCUUGGCUGUUUUGUCUGUUAGGAUUUCCUAGUAGGUUGACUGUCAAACAAUAUGUCAAAGGAGCAUUCAUUUUAUUUUAUUUUGAAUACAACAUGUGAAACUGGAACAAAAGAUGCUGUUGGUGGCAGGUUUUUAUUUUAGAAAAUAUUGAUAAACAUAAUUUUUUUUUUUUUUAGUUUAUUCAUCUUAUGCUGUUACCAUGACAUCCACUAAUUUCCACAUUGAGAUACCAUCCACACCUGUCUCUACAGGAAAAACGAAAUACUGAGCUUUUUAAAAGUGUGCAAAUUUUUUGUGGUAGGGUCCCUAUUGAGUGUACACUUUUAGAAAUCAAUUCUCAGAGAGUGGUAAUAAUACAGUAUAAUCUAUCACAUUACAGCAACAAUGUCGCCAUUUCACCAUAUGUAAGAGCACAAAUAACUGUUGAAAUAUAUAUAUUUUAUUUUUUAAAGUAACCACACGUAUGGGUAAUAGUGAGGGGAAGAAUCAUAUCACAGGUAACCAGCUUACAUACAGAAACCAGGCCUGCAUGUUUUACUGUAACUCCCUCUCUCUCCUAUAAAACAUAGUGUAUUUAUUUGGUAUGCAGCUAUUACGGCAGGUAGCAUAGUGCUUAGAGGGUUGCACCAGUUACCGCGAGGUCGCUGGUUCAAAUGAGCCAUCAAGGUGAAAAAUGAGCAAGGCACUUAACCCUAAUUUGCUUUACUAUGGCUGACCCUGUAAAACACCAAAUUUCACUGCACCUAUGUGAUAAUAUAUAUAUUUUUUAAAUUAUUGUUUCUAGUUGAGCUUGCAUGCCUAGAUGUGUAUGUUUGAGAGAGAGAGAGAGAGAGAGAGAGAGAGAGAGAAAGAGAGAGAGAGAAAGAGAGAGAGAGAGAGAGAAAGAGAGAGAGAGAGAGAGAGAAAGAGAGAGAGAGAGAGAGAGAGAGUACCGUAGUAAGUAUGCAGUUUGUGUGCAUCACAGUCAUCGCAGGGAGCACUUACGGUAAUUUUGUUUCAUUUUUUUAGACCAUCUGCCGAUUUUACUUCUCUGUCGACUCGACCAGCAGUUGGUGUUUGUUUGUGUGUCAGAUUGUGUGGCUCCUGCCGACUCAGACCAGCAGUUGUUCCACCUGCAGCCCAUUAACACAGAUGUCUUCCCUUCCCUGCUGCGACUGCCCUGGCUCCACCGAAAGGCCCUGUUUGCAUAGUCUGUGUUUCUAAAAAAAAAAAAAAAACACUCCUCUCUGUGCUCAGAUCGAUGCUAGCUGCACAAUAACAGAGAGCGAAAAACAGGGUCAGCUGGGGAUCCGUCACCCAGCACACUUUCUAAAGCUUUCUGGGUGAAAUGGUGCUCAUCAUUAUUAUCAUUAUCAUCAAUUAUUGCACAUUCCCAUCCACAUUCAGUGCGCCCUCUUCAUGCCCCUUCUCUUAGUAGAGUGCCCAUCACCCAACCCACACAAGAGUUGGAAGCCUUUGGUAUGCUGAGUGGAUCCAGGUUUCAGGCGCCAACUUGUGCCACUUUCACAUCAUGUCGGAAACUUGGGAACUCUUGAGAUUUCCGACUUGCUUAUUCAUUGUAGAAAGAUGAUACAGAAUCAACCAACAGGAAGUUCUACGCAAAUAACUUACGUUAAUUUUAACUCUAAGGUCCCGAGUUUCCAACAUGACAUGAACACGGCAUAACACACGAAAUUCAAGGCAAUGGUCUGUGGUUUUAUGCUUUAAAAAUCCUUUUAAUGUUAUUUUUUUGUCUACCCCUCCAUAUUGUUCCUGUGUUUUUUGUAAGUUGCUGCUGUUGAAACAUCGCUCUCUCUUCCUUUGUUGGACUCUGUGUUAUACUGAGAAAAAAUGAACUAUUUUGUAUAAAAGAUGUCUCUUUUCAAUGUGAUUAAAGGGGAAAUGUGCAAA